AUGCAGAAGCGCCUUCGUCUUACUCGUAGGAUUCUGCUGAUCAGCCUGCUGGUCCUCUGGGUCUCUGCAGUCCAAGCAGCAAAAUGCCCACAGGAGUGUUGCUGUGUCCAGCUCAAUGUGACCUGUGUCAACAAGAACCUGACCCAGGUUCCUCCUAAUGUUGAUGAGAGAACAGUGAAACUGGACCUUCAAGGUAAUGACUUACAGGAACUCCCCACUGGGGCUUUCAGGCACACCCCCUACCUGACUCACCUGUCGCUGCAGCGCUGUAACAUCCACAAGGUGAAGGAGGGGGCGUUCCGUGGCCUCGAUCGCCUGGUCUUCCUCGACCUUGCCAACAACAACAUUGAGAUCCUCUACCAGGAGUCAUUUGACGGUUUGUCCUCACUAAAGCAGCUUAUUAUUGACCGUAAUCGUGUGGCUGAGAUCCAGCCUGGAGCGUUCUCUCAGCUGGGCUCCCUCAACCUGCUCUCCCUCUCACACAAUCAGCUGGUUUACAUCCCUAAUAUGGCAUUCCAGGGCCUGCAGAAUAUCAAGAAGCUUCGUCUUAGUAACAACUGUCUAAUCUACCUGGACACUGAAGCCUUUGUCGAACUGGUUAACCUAAGACGUCUGAAUCUGUCCAGGAAUCCAAUCCUCUGCAACCGUUGCCUGCGUCCACUAAGAGUGUGGGCUUUCUUUAACAAAGUGAAGCUGGUGGGGACUUGUGGAGGGCCAUCCCAUCUUUCAGGUGAGAGACUGAACGCUGUCGACCCUCCUAAGCUGAGAUGCCAGAGUGAGGAAGAGGAAGCAGCAGGGAUCAUACCACGACCCACUGAAGAACCGAACAAGGUUUACCUGGAUCAGCCCUUUUGUGACCCCUGGACCCCGUGA